UGCCGGCUAAGGCUGGAGCGUUAAAUAUUGGGAAAAGUCCGUCCUCGGUUAAUCCGGAUGGGCGGGUGAUCAAGAAGGCUGUGGAAACUUGCCUAAACCAACCGCACUGGUCUGGCGAAUGCAAUCAAAUCCUGCCACCUUCAACAUGCGUGACUCUGGACAAUCGUUAACUGGACGCGGUGGAAGAGCCAUCACAUCUUGCGAGAGCCGGAACAUCCGGAGGGCGACUAUCGUCAUGGUGGCUUUCGCCAUCUGUUGCUUCAGUUUUUCUAACUUUAUGCUGAAACUGUCCGAGUUCAAAGCACCGUUCUUGAAUAUAUUACGGACAGUGAAGCUGACGCAGAUUGAAGAGACCAGGCAGCUUGGAAGUGCUAAAACCACCUUGGAACUCCUUGGGUCAAAAAAUUUCGAAGUUGAAUCAGCGGCCGAUGCAUACGAGUUCUUUUCGAAUGGCCAAAUCUCCGCCGAAAAUACAGCGAACAUCUACGGCACGCCAUCCCCAGUUGUUCAACAAUGGGUGAACAUGGAGGUUUAAGAAAAAGUGACGGGAAAGGAUCAGAUGUGAACGGUCACAUUA